AUGACAUCCCGAGAAAUGCUGUUCAUUUAUCUGCUCGUUUUCCUCUCCGUUCUGCUAUUCUUUCAAAUUCAUCACAAUACAAAUCUGACUCAGGAAAUCCAUCAUAAAGUGUACAGUCGACAGAAAACCCCACAACAAACGCUCAUCGAAAAGCUCACCUCAUUCGUGGCAGCACCAAAUUCAAAUUCGAAUUGCCGUUUAGAUGAUUCGGUGCUGAAAAUGUACAAAAUACAGCAUGAGAAUCGGGUACGAUUGAUGAAAACUAUCAGAAAUCAAGGCGAUGAGAACACUGGCUUUGCCAUGUUGUACAAUGGGAUUGUGCCUGAGAUUUUUUGCCCGAGUCUUAUCCGAGUUGGAAACGUUGAUGAUGGAGGGAAAUGGGUGUGCAAUCCAGUGGCAAUGCCUGCCAAUUGUGUGGUGAUGUCAUUGGGUGUGGCUACAGAUCCGAGCUUCGAGAGAGAAAUCCAACUAAUCAGCGAUCAGAAAUGCUCCGUGCAAUCGUAUGAUAAAGACGAUUCAGUGAUUGACGGUUUCGAGAAAAUCAACGCUUUCUUCACCAAGGCUCUUAUUUCAACAAGGGAUAAUCCAGAGACAAACGAGCGUAGUAUUCGGGGUGAAAUGAAACGCCUCAAAAUUGAUCGGGUUGAGAUUUUGAAGAUCGAUAUUGAAGGCAGUGAAUUCACGGUGAUUCCCGAUCUGAUCGAUCAGGCCACUUUUUGUCAGAUUCUGAUUGAGAUUCACGGAAAGCCCAAAGAUGUCAUCGAUUUGAUUGUGAAAAUGGCGAAGAAAGGCUAUCGCCUUUUCUCCUACGAGAUCAAUGGUCGUUUCCACUUUUUAAGUGAAUACUCAUUCAUUCAUGACGAUUGUUUAAAACAAUAUGAAGCUGUUGCUUUGGAUUAUUACUGGCAUUUGGUU